AUUCUCUCGCCGAGCUUCAUACUCGCAAGAACAUCCACCGGGAACCUCUCUUCAUCGCCGUAGCACACAUGUCCGAGUCAAGAGCCAGCUUCCCGCUGCGGCCGCCGCCCACCAAGACCUCGCUGAAGCCCUCGCUCGCAGUCACUAUCCCAUCAGUCUUGGCUCCGGUUCUAGCGAUCACGAUCCUGUACCGACUAGAGCCCUUUGAUCCGGCUCCGCUGCCCCCCCAUGGGCUGUCCGGGACAGUCACCGCCCCGAAGGAGAACAGCCGCAUGCUGCGCGGCGCGGAGAUGGUCAGGGCCGGGCGAGUGGUGGGCCCCGAGGACGUGGUAUACGACACGGAGUCGGGGGUCAUCUACGUGGGGUGUGCGGACGGGUGGGUAAAGCGGAUCAAGGUGAGCGGCUCAGGUAGGGACUUUGCGGUGGAGGACUGGGUCAACAUCAGCAGGAGGCUGCUCGGCCUUGCCCUCGGGCGGGACGACGAACUUCUUGUGUGCGGCUCCUAUAAGGGGCUGCUGAAGGUGAGCAAACGCGACGGAACCGUGGAGCUAUUGACGGAUGAGGCGGAAGGCCUGAAGUUCAACCUAACGGACGGCGCAAACGUGGUCCGUGAGGGACGAUAUACUUCACCGACGCCUCAUACACGUACACCUUGAAAGAGGCCAUUUGGGACGUCCUGGAGGGCCAGCCGCACGGGAGGUUCUUGAGCUACGACCCGACGACCAAAGAGACUCGAGUGCUGGCUCGGGAUCUCUACUUCCCCAAUGGCGUCGCGCUCUCGCCCGACCAAAGCAUGAGAUGGUGUGAGAGGUACUAUAUCAACGGCGAGCGAAAGGGACAUUCGACACAUUCAUUGACCGUUUGCCGGGUUAUCCGGACAACAUCAGAUACGAUGGAGAAGGCCAUUACUGGAUUGCUCUGUACUCGG